AUGCAAAUAUUUGUAAAGACACUCACAGGAAAAACAAUUACUUUAGAUGUUGAACCGGGGGAUUCUAUAGAAAAUGUAAAGGCUAAAAUACAAGAUAAAGAAGGUAUACCACCAGAUCAACAGAGACUUAUAUUUGCAGGUAAGCAAUUGGAAGAUGGAAGAACACUUAAUGACUAUAACAUUCAAAAAGAAAGUACUUUGCAUUUGGUGUUGAGAUUAAGAGGUGGUUAUUAA